AUGGCGCCCAAGAAGUCCGCCACCUCGUCCGGGACGACGUCGUCCUCGUCCUCCACCACGGCCUCUGCUUCCGCUGCGCUCAGCAACGCCAGCAGCAGCGCCGCCAAGUCGGCCAGCAGCGGCGCGCAGCAGAUCGACCAGGUCGCCCUCAGCCUCGUGCAGCACUACCAGAAGGCGACGCCGCAGCGCACAAAGCUGAUCGACGCCUUCAUGGCCUUCCUGGUUGUCGUCGGUGCCCUGCAGUUCGCGUACUGCGUGCUGGCGGGCAACUAUCCGUUCAACGCUUUCCUCUCGGGCUUCUCUGCUACUGUCGGACAGUUUGUCCUCACCGCAUCUCUACGAAUCCAGACGACCGAAGCGAACAAAUCCGAGUUUCCAUCGGUCUCACCAGAGAGAGCGUUCGCGGAUUACGUGGUUGGCAGCAUGAUCCUACAUUUCUUCUGCAUCAACUUCAUAAACUGA